AUGACAAUUACUGAAUCAAAAUUAUAUGAUAGGUUAUUGUAUUCUUUUAUGGGAAUAAGGCUUAUAAUUUAUACACUUUUUUUUAUAAUGAAUUUAUUUCAAACAAUUUUCGAAAUAAAAAAUUUAAGGAAUAAAAAAAAAGAAACAAGAUUUUUUGUAUUUUUUAGCCUUACCCUUUUUUGUGUUUUAAGAGCAAUUCAAACAGCAUUUUUUUACUCAAAUCCAAAUCUUGGAAUGGGAACACUCAAUUUUUUUUUUUUUACUUUAGGUUCAGCUAUGAUUUUUGUUGAAUGGACAUUUAUAGUUCAAUUUUGGCUUUUAAUAAUGUAUUCACUUUUUGUGGCAGAUGAUAUUGGACAAUAUAGAACUAAACCAAUUAGAAUUAUGACAUAUUUUUUCGUAUCACUGGUUGUUGUAUAUCAAAUAAUAGUAUCAAGUAUAACUUUAGAGAAAAAUAUUGAAACUGUUGAUACUGUUGGUUUUAUAAUCCUCUUGAUAAUUUUUGUUUCCAUCAUUGUUUUUAAUGGAUUUGUUUUAAUUAGACAUUUAAAAAUCCAUAGAAAAGUAACACCAAUGAAACAUUUUGAUUUAAUGAUUUUCAAAACCAAAAUAUUACUUACAACAAUUAUACUUGUUUUUGUGUUUAUUAUAAUCCAAGAGAUUAUUUUCAACAUAUAUUAUACAGACACAUACCAGACUUCAAAACAAUUUUUAAAAUUAUUUGUAACUGGUAUUAUUGAGUUUUCCCAAAUGGUAUCUGUAAUGUUAGUGCUCUCCAAUGGACAUUGGUCAAGUUAUUUAUUAUUAAAUAAGGCAAAAAUUAAUUCAGAGAGUACAAUAAGUAGUUCAGAUAAAAUAGAAAAGAAACCUUCAAAAGAAUUUGCAUUUAGUGGAAAUACUCUAUCAAUGGGAGAAUCGGUAGAUUGCUAA